GCAGGGGCCCGGGGACGGACACGGAGACGCAGGCACGGGCUGAGCGCUAAACGCUGAAAUCUGUGCGCAACUGGAUAAAAAAGAAAGAAAGAAAGAAAAAAACCAGUGAAAGAGAGAGAGAGAGAGAGAGAGAGAAAUGAUGUCCGGAUGGAGCUCAAAAUAACAGGAAUAUUACGUGCUGGGUGUUUGCUCGCAAAUGGAUUACCAAAGGAAUACGAUAUUCAGUCGGACUGCCCCAUUCAUGUGUGAAUUCGGAUACUUAAGGUAACAUCUCCACCAGUGUGAAACAGGAAGUGUCGUCUGUGAGCAGCCAUGGGCCAGAGAGCUGCGCUUCUGCUCAGUGAGCUGCUGCUGCUGCUGCUGACAGCUUCACGCACUCUCCUCGCAGUCAGCUUCCCGGAGGACACCGUACCCCUCGACGUCGUUGACGCACACUUUUCGCGGAGGUACCCUGUGUUCAGAGGCAGGCCCUCUGGCAACGAGUCCCAGCACCGCCUCGACUUUCAGCUGAUGACCAAGAUACAGGACACACUGUUCAUUGCUGGCCGAGAUCAGGUGUACCUUGUCAGUCUGAGAGAGUCCUACAGGAAUGAGAUCAUUCCUUACAGGAAGCUAACCUGGCGAUCAGGACAAGAUGACAGAGAAAUGUGUGCCGUGAAGGGGAAACACAGAGACGAGUGCCACAACUUCAUUAAAGUGCUCGUACCCAGAAACGAUGACCUGGUGUUUAUCUGCGGCACCAAUGGCUUCAACCCCAUGUGCAGAUAUUACAGGCUGGAUAACCUAGAGUUUGAUGGGGAAGAGAUCAAUGGGCUGGCACGGUGCCCGUUUGACUCCAAGCAAACCAACGUUGCCCUUUUCGCUGAGGGGAAACUGUAUUCUGCUACUGUAGCUGACUUCCAGGCCAGUGAUUCUGUCAUCUAUCGCAGUAUGGGUGACGGAUCAGCCUUGAGAACCAUCAAAUAUGACUCUAAAUGGCUGAAAGAACCUCAUUUCCUGCACGCAGCAGAGUAUGGGAAUUAUGUGUACUUUUUCUACAGAGAGAUUGCAGUGGAGCACAGCAAUCUGGGAAAGGUCGUGUAUUCCCGUGUGGCUCGAAUCUGUAAAAAUGACGUGGGAGGGUCACAGCGGGUGCUGGAGAAGCACUGGACAUCCUUUGUGAAGGCCAGGCUGAACUGCUCCGUGCCGGGGGAGUCCUUCUUCUACUUCGACGUGCUGCAGUCCAUCACUGACAUCAUUGACAUCAAUGGGGUUCCCUCAGUGGUGGGUGUGUUCACCACACAGAUGAACAGUAUCCCAGGGUCAGCUGUUUGUGCUUUCUCCAUGGCUGACAUCGAGAAAGUUUUCUGGGGCCGGUUCAAAGAACAGAAGACUCCAGAUUCAGUUUGGACUCCAUUUCCAGAGGAGAAGUUGCCCAAACCUCGGCCCGGGUGCUGUGCAGGUCACGGUCCAGCUGCGUCUUUUAAGAGCUCUGUGGAGUUCCCGGAUGAGACCCUGCAGUUCAUCAAGUCGCACCCCCUCAUGGACACAGCUGUGCCUUCUAUCGGGGAUGAGCCGUGGUUCACCAGGACACGAGUGAGGUACAGGCUGACAGCGCUGGCAGUGGACAACGAGGCCGGACCACACAAGAACUACACAGUGGUGUUCAUAGGAUCAGAGUCAGGGGUCGUUCUGAAGGUUUUGGCCAAGACCACUUCUGUGUCCCUGAAUGACAGCCUGCUACUGGAGGAAAUGGACAUCUUCAACAGAGCCAAGUGCCUGUCUAACCGUGAGGAUGACAAGCGUGUCCUCUCACUGCAUGUAGACAAAGACGCGCACAGCCUUUAUGUUGCCUUUUCAAGCUGUGUCAUCCGUGCUCCCCUGAGUCGCUGUGAAAGGCAUUCCUCAUGCCACAAGUCCUGCAUUGCAUCAAGGGAUCCUUAUUGUGGCUGGAAGCCUCAUGGAGCCUGUGAGAGGAUACUCCCUGGUGUUUUGACUGGAUAUGAGCAGGAUGUUGAAUUUGGAAACACCGGCCAUCUAGGAGACUGUCAAGCGUUUUUGGGCACUACUUCAGCGCCAGAUUACAAAUCAUUUGGCGACCCUACCUCUGACAUGGAGUUUUCAUCACCGUCCGUCACUGUCCAGCCCAGUGGGCCCAUACUCCCCCCAGUACUCAUGCCCACUCAGAGCCCCAGCUCGGGGCCUGGUCCAGAGCUCUACGGCUCAGGCUUUGUGCUGCAGGAUGACCCAGCCACCUCCCAUUCUUUAGACUCUUUCCCAGGGGGCCAAGAGGGUGUGUGGGACAUCCAAGCAGGGGAAACUAACCAGAUGGUCCACAUGAACAUCCUCAUCACCUGCGUAUUUGCUGCUUUCCUCAUGGGGGCUCUCCUGGCCGGUCUGAUUGUUUUCUGCUACCGAGACUCGUUCCUCCGCAAACCAAGACACGUCCACAAGGACGCCGAGUCUGCACCAUCCUGCUCCGACUCCACUGGAAGCUUUGUCAAGCUCAACGGCCUCUUUGACAGUCCUGUUAAGGAGUACCAAACCAACAUUGACUCCCCGAAGCUGUACACCAAUCUGUUGAGCAACGGAAAAGAUCUGAGUACACCCAACGGUGACACCAAGACCAUGAUCCUGAGGGAUGGCUGUCAACCUCCUGAGUUGGCUGCCCUGCCCACCCCUGAGUCCACCCCUGUGCUUCAGCAGAAAGGCCUACAGCCCAUCAAAAACCAGUGGGAGAGGCCUCAUGGGAAAUCCAGUGGGCCUCGUAAGGAGUCAAACUCAUCAGCCAAGAGUCCUCAGUUCCUUCCUUCAUCUCCUGCUCCUGCUAACUCCAACUCCCAUCAUCUCGCGCUGGGACACUCGCACAUACCUAGUGCAGUUGUGUUGCCCAAUGCCACUCAUGACCACCCUAACUUUGACAGUGGAGAGGAUACACUACCACUGCCACAUUCAUCUGAAAAGAAGCUGAAGAAUCCAGAAUCCAAGGGAAGUAGAAAAGACCAGAAGAGGUCUGUUGAUGCCAGAAAUACACUAAAUGACCUUUUAAAACACCUUAAUGACUCUGUGGCCAGCCCCAAGGCCAUUCUUCAGGAGGGUUCAGGGCCACGCCCAAGACAACACCUCACACUGGAGCCUAUGGAGGAACUGACUGAAUUACCCCCCAAGGUGCCCAGCCGUGAGGCUUCUUUGUACUCUCCCUCUUCCUCCCUGCCGAGGCAUAGCCCCACCAAGCGGGUUGAUGUGCCCAUUCCCAGCACUCCCACAACACCAACUGGAAGCCUGAGCAUGGGGGGGACCCUGGAGAGGCAAAGAGGGGGGUACCAACUUCACCGGAGUGCUUCUCAUAGGCACUCCUUAUCCACUGCACCAAAUGGAGUAACCAUGGGGGUGUCUGUGUCUCGCCAACACAGUAUGAACAGAGGGGGCUACAUGCCCCCAACGCCCCCCUCCAGACUUGACUCUCAUGGUGGAGUGAUGGCGACAGGAUUGCACUCAGCUCACACACCCUCUGUAUCCCGACAGAGCAGCUAUAGUGGGCAUGGCUCACUCCCCCGAACGGGGCUUAAAAGGACCCCAUCGCUAAAGCCAGAUGUGCCCCCUAAACCCAAUGGGUUUUCACCACAGACUCCACAGAUGCGAGUGGUCAAUAAGUACAGUUAUUAAGAACCACAGACACUUCUGAGUGAGCUCUUGGCCUUGACAGGAGAGCUUUUAGCCCUGAGGGUUCGGGGGGGUGAGGUUGGAAUAAGGCCUAUUGUGUGUUUGUGUAUCAACUUGAGGUGUGUUUCCCCUUCAAAUGAUAUGCACAUUCACUCACACGAGAAAGGGAAAAUCACACAUAUGGCCAAAGAUACUCCUUGGGGCUUCUUUGCCUCUUCGACCCCACCUCCCUCCCUUGUCAUGGUAGCUACGGGACAUGCACGGUGGACAGUGCUGCUCCCAGUCUUGACUGGGCUUGGGUGUGACCCGUUCCCCUAUUAGGUACGUGGUUUUGGACACCAGCAGGGGCCACUGCGGCAUAUGUGCAUGUGGCACCAGGUCAAAACAGUGGAAUACUUGAAGAAUGGGUCUCAUUUGUCACUGCCCUUGAGCACUGUCUUCCCACUAAUGUGAACUGAACAGAGAGGCGAGGUAGUCCAUGCCUAUGGUAGAAAAGUGGCAGAGGGCUCAAAAAAGGUAAAUCAGUAAUCAUAGUAUGUGUGAGUGUGUUGCUAAAGAUACAUUUGACAGCAAACAGCUGAAUCAAGCACCAAAAGAAGAGAGUAACUGUGCAAACAAAGACAUUGGGUGUGUGUUGGUGGACUGGAAAGCAGUUUAUGUAUGAACAGCACACAAGUUAGGCCUUCACACAAAGUAAUGGAGAUUGGUGAUACGUGCCAGAGGAUGCACCUUAAGACUUAUUUUAGACCUGUGUCACUGUCUUUCAUUUCAACAAUAAUUUUUCCUCUGUGGUUUUUGUUGAACCUCCUUGAACCAAGCCUAAACCAUACUUUGUUACUCUGUAAUGUUUCUGGUAAUUGUGUUAGGCUGAGAUACCAUUGGUCAUGCUUGGUGUAAACUGAAACAAGAACUCUUUAAGUCACUGGGACAUUUUAGUACAUAUGCUGCUAUUGGUUUUUGGCGUAGGUGUUUGUUGUUUGGUGCAUUUUCUUUCUCUGCCAAGCUUGGGUAUAAUCUGAUUUGGGUGCACAUCUACUCAUGUGUUAGAGUAUUUGUGUUAUUUUGCAGACAGAAGCCAAGAAGUACAGUUUUAAGCAACCAAACACAAUUUAAAAAAAAAAAAAAAAAAGGUGAUACACAGGAAAAAUGCAUCUCUCAAAGACUGAACAUUCUAACCUCCACUGCCCCUGUGUAGGAAAGUUAUUGGUGGCUCAAAAGUUUUUGUCUUUAUGUAGCAAUGGUAUUACAAAAAAAAAAAUACAUUUCUCAUCGCAUUCUUCAACAAUUUUUGCAAUAAAAUUAUUUGGUUUUGUAAUGUUUUACUGUUUUUUUUAAGAACUCACCAUUUAAGAUUAAGGCAACACCAACCAAUGCUUCAAGCCCAUGUACAUGAGUACAACAUUUCAGGGCUUUCAACUUUGUUUCGCCAUUUUGUCUCCUUUAUAAUAGCAUUUUCCCUCUUACAUUAAUUCUGUUAUAAGUAUAUUA